CUCGGGUCCCUUCUGCCMUGGGCACUUUGUCCUGUGUUUUCUGCCUGUGGGAUAACUGCUGCUUGCCAGGGACUCUUGGAGCUGCGUGUUACGGGAAUCAGCUGUGUUGCUUCCAUGUUAGAUCAACACAUUGGGUUCUGUAGAGGAGCUGCUAAACCUUUCUGCGAUAUAAGGAAUUCCUGCCCCUAUAAAGUAUUCAGAUACUUGAAUUUAAAGUGUUAUAGAUGGAUCUGCUCGCUGUGCUAAGCAUCAUCCUUCCCACAAAGGAGAAGCACCUUGCAGCACCGAUUCAGUGUCAGGAAAGCUCCCACUCCUGGUGACACUGUCCCUCGUUCUUCCGUAGCGGAGCCAGGAUGACGACAGCCGCACCGCCGCCCAAUAACACCCUGUUCCCAACAAAUGUGACCACCAGGAAUCAAGAACAAAGUCUCUAUCAAAGUUCUGGAGCUAUAGUUGCUGCCAUUGUAGUAGGAGUGAUUAUUAUUUUCACAGUGGUUCUGCUCAUAUUGAAAACCUACAACCGACACAUGAGAGUGAAGCGGGAGCUGGAGCCCAAAGGCACCAAAGCCGCCCUUCCUCCCGCCCUGGGGCAGAAGAGCAGCAUCCCUCAGCCACCCACGGUGACCUUCAUCCCUGGGGACAUCCACGUGCAGAGCAGGUAG